UGAAUUGAAACAUUUCCGGCAGGGAAGCGAGCUUGGGUCCACGGCGGCAUGACCUCCUUCAACAUACUCUAGAACAAUUAACUUCUCUUGCCCUUCCCUACCCCGCUGUGCGGCAUAUGUGAUUUGUCUGACGCUCGUGCGUGAUUAUGGUUUGAAGUAUUUUCUAAGCUACAUCCACCGAAAUGUCCGCUCCUAUUCUCAACGACGGCUCUGAGGACGUCAACGAUUUUCUGCAGCGCAUCAAAGAGCUGGGUGACAAACGAGACCAGGAAGACGAGGAGCGCAACAGGCUUCUAGAAGAAGACAUCCUGAAGGGAAGAGCAGAACGACAGGCCCGCCGAGCCGAACGAGCAAGAUCGAUUUCCCCCACCAAAUCCUCUCCUGCGAAUACGCCAAUAGCGGCUAGAAUGUCUGCUGCACAGGCAGAGGGCUUGACCCAGUCACCAAAGAUAAAUCCUGGGAGCGGUUCUGAGCCUCGUCCGAAUAUUGGAAUUGAGGACCCGAUGGAUAAGUUGACGAGCGAGUCAGCGUCUACAAUGAAGGAAAAUAUAUCCCCGGUAGAUAGUGAACGCAAUACCAGCGAGCCCGAUAACAAACGAGACUCGUCUGCCAGAGCCUCGCCAUCAAAUGCCAUGCCUUCGAGAAAUUCAACUUUAUCCUGGCAAAGGCGGCCAAAUUCACAAGCAUCUGACAAACCUCGAAGUCGACCUCUUUCAAUGGUAGCUACAGAGAACGCGGCAAGAUCACCGCGAGCUACAGCAACACCCGAACCUUCUACAAAUCCCGAACCGACACUUUCGAGGGAGCAGAUUGCUCAAUCUCUAGCUUCCAAAGACCCCGCGUGGUUUCGCCAAACCGCCGACAGAGGUUUAAACUCGCCAGCAUACAGACGGAAUCAGGUUGAGGACGAGGACAGAUCGGAUCACGGAUCCAAUUCUGUGCGCGUACAAAUGCCCGGCAUGUCGCAAAACGGAUCUGGCGCAGAAAAGACAGCGGAGGAUCCUGUGGAUCGAUCGUCUUCGCCAUCUAGGACCAGCACUUUGUCCGGAAGUGGUUCUAGACAGUCAUACCAGUCCAGUCCGAAAGUUUCCAGCGGUUUUGGCUCCCCUAUGCCAUUGACUCCAGCUCAGAGGCUUGAGCCACCAGCAGACUCCAAACCUGAGAGCCGUAGCCUUGCAAUGUCACCUACUCAAGGUCGAAUUUCUCCAGAACGACUUGAUCGACCGCCAUCACCAACGAAAGGCCUCGGUGGCUUUGUACAAAGCGCGAUGAUGAAGAGGUCGGACAGUGUGAGCAAGAGAUGGAGUGUCCAAUCACCAACGGGUUUGAGCAGGGGCAAUUCCGUAGCCAGCCGUGGAAGUGUUGAUUUGGGUAGUGGCAAUACUGUGGGCAAUCCAGUCAAGACGACAGCACAAGAAUCUCGACCAAGCAGUAUCAGUCGAGAGGGUUCUCCACGACCGCUUUCCCGACCAACCUCAAGUCAUAGUAAUGCGACACUCACACAGGAGCGCCCAGGCACGUCAAGUUCUAUGAGAAGCAGUAUGACAACAUCUACAGCAUCAACAACCAAUGAUGCUUUUGUCAAACCAACUCUUCCUGCCCCCCGUACACAAACGCCGACUGAGUCUAAGAGCGCUCUGCAAGCUAGUUCUGAAGAGACACCAAAGCGAGCAGAGAUUACACCACCGUCCAGCCCUUCAAAGACAAUGGAUCCAAGGAGGUGGAGUCCUACAAAAUCGAGUUGGCUUGAGAGCGCUCUGAACAAGCCAGAAUCUCCGAAGCCUAAAGUCCUUGCACCGGCUCCGCAACAACCUGCUUGGAUGUCUGAGAUCAACAAGGCAAAGCAGAAGGGCAGUGCCGAUCUGUCUCGAAGUCCAGCAUCUGGCCCAAAGCAUGAAGUUAGCAUUGGUGGUUUGAUGAGAUCACCUCCUCCUGGUGGAUUGACGAAGCCACAAAGCCUAGGGUCAAUAUCGUCGGCCUUUGUUCCUGGUUCGAUUCCCAAGAACUCUCCAGAUGCCACGCAGGAGAUCCAGGGUCUUUCUAAGCUAAGCGAGCCCUCUUACGAAAGCUCUCCGAUUUCCAAGUCUUCACCAGCGGCCGGAAAGGUCAAACCUGAAACUCCUCCCAAGAAGGAUUUCAGAGCGAAUCUGAAACCCCGUGUUGUCCCGUCGGACAGCGAUAAAUCAAAGGAACCUGAGUUUAAGAACGCUCUUGGCCAGCUCCGACGCACCAAGACGCAAAACUACGUUGCACCAGACGAACUUAAGGACAAUAUAACCCGAGGUAAAGCUGCCCUUAACUUUACAGGUGGACCGAAAAAGACUGAACGCAAGGACGAGUUCAAGGAAGCCAUUCUCAAGAAGAAGGAUGAUUUCAAGAAAGCACAAAUCGAAGGCAAGGGGGUGACAAGAUCUACAAGCGGUGGUAACAUAGAGUCGCCUCUGCCUGAAGCUUUAGCUAAGAGAAGAGCACUGGGUAGAUCUGAUUCGAAUGCCUCUGAUCUCAGUGGUCAGGGCUCUUCUUCCCGACCACAAUCCUUGGCAGAUUCACCAAUGCCCACUUUGACCAAAGAGACGAGCGCACCUGGACGUCUUCAAGCCAAGGAACCUUCUGUGAGAAAACUGGCGGGAAGAUUGAAUCCUGGUUUGGCUGGACUAUUGGCUCGCGGGCCACCGCCAAUGGCAAGUGAUACAUCGCGGUCUUCCAGCCCAGCUCAAUCGCAACGCACAACAAGUGUGAGCACAUCUACGACAGAGCCAGCAGAGCCAGGCCCUCAACUUACCCACAUAACCAAAGCUCGUGCUCGCGGUCCCCGAAGAAAAGCCCCUUCGACUGCUCCUGUGGCGGCUGCUCCCAUUUCUGCGGGAGUUACUCCUACUGGUUCGCUUUCUCAAGGUGUCAAAAAGGAGGUCUCAACGGAUUCAACAGGCUCAGAAACUCCCAAGAAACAGAUACUUUCUUCUAUUGAAACAAAGGUGGCCAGUGCAGGUCCCAUUUCUCCAUCGAAGACAGGUCCGGGAAGCGCUGUUUCACAACCUUCAUCUCCGCGCAAGCUUGAUCUGAAAAGACGAUCACAAUUUCUUCAAGACGCCUCCAACAAAACUGGCAGUGCAGAUCCGCAGUUGGAAGCCCCCAAACCAUUAUCCCCUACCAAGAAAGCUAAUCCUUCCGAGAUAUCUGUGAAGCCACAACAACCUGUCCCUGAACCCAAGGCUGCGCCGAUCACGAAAGCCAAGCCAGCCACGCCACAAAAGCCCUCCGGCUCUUUCUCAAAGGCCGCUGACCAGCCGCGAACAGCCUCAACAGACUCACCAGAAUCAGCCAAACUUCGACCUACACCGUUGUCUAUCGCGAGGCCCGAAAUCGCAGAGCAGGCACCUUCGGCCAAUGGACCACAGAGCAGUACUCAUCAGAAUCCCAUUAAAUUAAGCGAUGCUGCUCAGUCACCUAUUUUAUCUGUCAAGAAUGCUGCCGCUCAAUGGAGCAAACCUUCGCCAACGACAACACAAGAUUCCCCUCGCGUUAGGUCUCCAAUCAAGUUACCGACUCAGGCUGAUGAGCACGCAGCGAUGAUUGGAGCAGGCUUGAGAGCUGCCAGUCCAGUGAAGGCAAAGGAGUCUAACGGGCCAGUAUUUCAAAGUGUCAAAGAUGCAAGACCACUUCCCACUCCACCUAUGAAGGGUCCAAUAUCCCCGCCCUCUAGUGCCGGGCUUGGUCCUCCAGAGAUCGCAACAAAAGAGGGAAAUAGUCCCAUACCUCAAACUUCAGAAGCAUCGAAAAUGAUUGGCGAAUUCUUUAUGAACUCGAAGACAAUAGCACCAGACUUCAAAGUCGAUACGGCCACGCUGCUCUCUGCGCGUCCUGACCAAGGAACUGAGAUUAAGACCUUGCGAUCAAGCUUGUAUCAACUGUCAAGUGAUGGCAAAAAACAAGUCGUUCCUAGUCACCAGGAAAGAAUCUUGUUUGAGGGCAAUCUCUAUCUUUGCACGCACACAUUUGGUACACCUACUGGCAAGCGAGUGACAGAGGUGUACUUCUGGCUUGGAGACGAAGUUCCACAAUCAGUAGCUGAAGAUACCGCGAUCUUUGCCAGAAGAGAAGCCAAGUCAGCUGGUGGAGAGCUAAUUACCAUUCGGCAAGGCAAGGAAACUCCUGAAUUCUUUCAUGCACUCGGUGGGAUUGUCAUCAUUCGAAGAGGUACUUCUAACAAGUACGAUUCGCUGGCUCCCCACAUUCUCUGUGGACGUAAGCACUUUGGUCAAAUUGCGUUCGACGAGGUCGACUUCUCUCCGGAUAGCCUAUGUUCUGGAUUUCCGUACCUCAUUUCUACGCAAUCCGGCAAGUCUUACUUGUGGAAAGGUAGAGGCAGUGGAAUUGAGGAACUCAGCUGUGCUAGGCUUAUUGGUAUGGACUUCGGUCUUACGGGAGAAAUCGAAGAGGUUGAGGAUGGCAACGAGCCUGCUUCAUUUUUAGAAAUAUUUGGCAAGGGAGCACAGAUUCCAAAAUCUGCUGAUCACUGGAAGUUGAAGUCUAAUUACAACAAGUAUUGCGUGCGAUUAUUUAAGGCAGACUCGAACGCUAAGGAACAAGUGAGUAAUGAUCAGAUAGUGGCGGGGCACUAAAUUCUGUGGAAGCUAAUAAAAACAGGUCGUCGAAUUAUCACCAUUCUGUUUAACGGAUCUCGAGACGAAUAAGGUCUAUA